AUGAGCCAGUCUCGCCCAAGAAGGUCGCCCUUCCCUUUGGGCCAGUCCUCUUCCCAUGGGCUUUUCAGCAAGCCACACUACCGCCUCGCCAAGCUUCUUCCCCUCGAGAAGACGAUGCCACCAGUCCUUCUGCCGUUUACAACCUCACUGCUUCUGAGGCUCCUGGCCUCGUCCAAGCUCGUCUGCUCCACCCACAGUAGGGCUGCUUCUUCUGGAGUGCCUGCCAAGAUAGGAUCCUUUUUCACUUGUCUACUUGCUGCCGGCACCAACUAUGACCCCUUUCCCUCUCCCCUCCUACCUCCCACCUUCCCUCUCCUCUACAGUCUGAACCGCUCCGCCCGUACAGUUCUUCGGUAUCCUCUCAGACCAGCCUUGCGGACCUGGCUAUCUGCUGCUUGGUCAUGUAAUCAUGCAUAUCUCCUCUCCAACUUUCCCCAACAAGCUGCCCUGCCAGUCGGCUUUACUGUGCCACUGCUUUGCCAGAAUGUCAGAUGCAUAUUCCGUUUCUACGUAAUUCACGGCAUUGCCAAUGUGGACCCUAGUUUGGUCGAGAAUGGAAGUCUUUUGGGCAGGCGAAUGAUCCUCUAG